GCUUCUAAGCACAGGCCAAUGGCUCCCUUUCUUACUGAGCCGUUAGCAACAGUGAACCGAAGUCGAGCUUCACAACAGCUAGGACAUUCCUUCUUCAACUGAAGCUAACGACUUGGACACUAAAAUGUCUGCCUGUUGUGUGGUCGGGUGCAAAAAUCGGCAUUCACCCGGCAACAAACUAAAAUUUUACAGAAUACCAACAGCAUACAGACCGUUUCAAGCUAACCGUCGGCGUUUAUGGCUAAAAGUGAUCAAGCAAGUGAAUGGCGGCACAGAGGAGCUCAAAGAAAAUGCUCGGGUUUGUGGCGCCCAUUUUAUAUCAGGAGAAGCAUCCAUGGACCACAACAGUCCGGACUUUGUGCCGUCUGUGUUUACUUGUGUGAAGCAGAGCAGGCGCCGCGGGAACCAAAGCAGAAGGAUUUUUGGACGUAGAAAAAGGCGUUUGCAUCGCCGAGCUGCCAAAGCGGAUGAGCCUGAGAUACAGGAGUCCUCUUCUGACCCUGUUCCAAUGGAAGAAAAUGGAAGUGAACCUUCACAAGAUAUGCAGACACCAUCAAGGACAAUAUGUUCAGAGGCUGAAGAAACACUGACCAACACUGACACUGAUAGGAAAGACAUCACCUCAACGCCUUCCAUGAAACUUCCACCGGGUCUUUUGAAAGUCGGAAAAAUCAGUCCUCUGGUGCUCCUGAAGCGCAUACUUGCUCCAUCGGGUAGUUAUUUAUGUGAGCUAUGCGAUGAAAACUUCCCCAAUGUCCCACAGCUUGUCCAACACAAAUGUCAGCAUGAAGAAGAAAAACAUGACAAAUCCCCUCCCAGUGAUGUUCAGGAGAAUUGGCCCACUAGUGUUUUGGCACAGCAAGAUGAGCCUUUCUUUUCGUGUAACAUGUGUGAUCGAAUUUUUACGGACAAGCAUCAUCUGAAGCGGCAUAAACUGCUUCAUGUCAGAGAUGGGAGGAAGUGCCCAACAUGCCGCGUACUUUUCUGUCAACUUCACAGACACACGUUGUUUGUGCCUCACCCACAUGUGUGCACAAGCGAGUCUGACGAAGAUAGUUCUGUCGGUGAGUCGCAGGAUGUACCUGAACCAACUGAGGUCGUAGAUGAGGUUGAAGACUUUAAAAGUUCCUGGGAUUUCAUCCCGCUGUUAAAAAACAAUCUUUCCAUCAGCGAAGCCCACGCACCAACCUCAGAAACAGAAAUCUUAACUGAAAUCCCGCUGGAAGACCUCUGCUUUCCAGGUCUGGGUUUGCCAAAAGCCAAAGACUUUAAGUGUACGACCAAACGACGAGGACCUGAUGCCUUCACAGAAAAUCGCUUACCUCCACAUCGGGAACUCCCUCCUUCACUACAGUUUUUUUCACAUCAAUUCCUCACUUCAACAUUUUUCCAAGUUAAAAGAAACUAUAAAUAUAUUUUUAGCAAGGGAAUGGACGUCACUCCUGUGGUUUCUGUAGAAGACAAUCCCCGUGAGACAGAGCCGGACCUUUCAGAUGCACUAAAUAGUGAGAAGGAUGAAAAGAAGACGACUGCUUUCGACCUGCAGAUUGUGGUCUAACAAAAACGUUGAGUGACAUAAUUGAGCUCUCUUUACUGGAAUGUCGUUGAGAAAUGUCACCAAUAUUCCAGACUGCUGCAUCUUUAAAAAUGAAAUGACAUUUUUUUUAAAUUUUCAUUUGAUGUUUUGUAAUAAAAAAAUAUUUUCUCACACAGUCAUAAUCAUAAAUGCUCAUCUGGGUUUUAAUUUGUCUGAAAUCAAGUGCAUUAUAUCUUGAAGUGUUUUUGAAAUUGUAUAUCAUUGAUAUUUCAAUCAAGCAGCAUGGUGAGGUGGUUAGCAUGUGGUUAGCAUGUGGUUAGCAUGUCAGUACUCCUCCUCUCACCCACAAAGCCAGCCGGGAUAGUCUCAACAUUGUUGCAACCCUGAGCAGAAUAAGAGAAUAAGCAGUAUUGGAAAUUAUUGUAUUUUUUGUAUGUUUGUCAAACAUAUUUCAGAUCAAAGAAAUUUAAUUAGUGACAACACAAAAUGCAAUUUUUGAAAUUAAACAUUUUAUUGUGUAUUAAAGGAGAAAACAAUA